UACGCUGCUCUAGACUAUCUACUCGAGGUAGUUUUCUAACCCAGCAAUACAGCUCAUGAAUUAUAAUGCCUGCUUCGAUCCUAGGGGUGCCUCAAUCUAAGGCGUCCCGUCGGAAUUAGGUGGACCCUCCCUGGACGCUGCUGUCUUACAACCCUACCUGCAACAUGGCAUCACUGCAUAUGUUUCGACGUGUUCCCAUGCUCUCCCUGGUAUAAAAUACACUUGCCGAUCUAGUCGACCCUUGUCACCAGAAAGUUUCUGAGAGAAUAAUAAUCCCAUCUUUCCAUCCCAUAUUAUAUCCCUUCUGCUACUGGUAUCCAACAUUGUUGAGUCAAACCUUCCCUCCACAAUCGUUUGCACACCUACCUAGGUAGUCUUUCUUUCAACAUGUCCAAGGUCACCACCGCGCCAGUACUGGCGACUACGGCGGCCGCUUCAUUCUUAUAUGCACGUCACGCUGAACUGCCAGUUGUAUCUACUAUCGCGGCGUCGCUGGCUGUUGUAUUCCCCUUGUAUGUUGUCGUUUGGCUCAGCUGGAUAUUCCCAUUUUACGUGUCGGAACUAAGACACAUCCCAACCGUGCCUGGAUUCCCUCUCUGGGGUCAAUUUUUUGCUAUUGUCACGCAAGAGUGUGGCGUGCCUCAGCGACAAUGGCACAAACAACAUGGCUCUAUAAUCAGAUACUUUUUCCCCUUUGGCGCAGAACGCCUUUCUAUCGCCGACGACGAAGCCCUCAAGCAGAUGACUGUCAAGAACCCAUACAAUUACCCAAAGCCAGUCCGUGCUAAGCUAUGGAUGGUUCGCAUUCUGGGUGAAGGUGUUCUCCUUGCCGAAGGGCAGGAACAUAUACACCAGCGCAAGUCCUUGGCUCCGGGGUUCUCCAUCCAGUCUAUUCGUGCACUCACUCCUGUCUUCUGGGAUAAAUCUCUUCUCCUUGCUAAGUGCUGGCGCGAAGAGAUGACUGCUGAAAAUGUCACAACCAAGUCCUUUGAGGUGCUUGAGUGGCUCAACAGAACAACUCUAGAUAUCAUCGGCAGCGCUGGCUUUGGCUACGACAUCAACUCGCUCCGAAAUCCCGAAACCCCCAUCCGUGAAGCUUAUCGUCUUGUCUUCGCAUUUGACUUUGCAUCUCGUGCUAUGCACGGCCUCCAAGCCUUCAUUUCAGCUUCAAAAUAUAUACCAGUCAAGAUGAACCGGGAUAUGGAAACUUCCCGAAAUAUCAUUCUCGACAAGGCGACAAGGAUUAUCACAGAGAAGCAAGAACAAGCCGAAAGCAAUACUGGUGGAAAGGAUAUCAUUGCUCUCAUAGCCCGAGACAACAAGAAGCUCAAAGCCAUGGGUGAACAGGGACUUUCGUUUGAGACUAUGCGCGACCAAAUUAUGACUUUCUUGGGUGCUGGUCAUGACACCACGGCAACAGGUGUUGCUUGGACUAUCCAUCUAUUAUCCACCCACCCCGAAAUUCAGUCCCGUCUCCGGGAGGAGAUCAAGGACUACAUGCCUUUUCUCUUCGACAAGGACACCCGUUUUGACCGAGAGCAGAUCCUCGCUGCUGAUGCCGAUCAGCUACCGUAUCUAGACAAUCUUUGUCGCGAAUCACUGCGCUAUAUACCGCCUAUUCCCAUGACGGUCCGCCAGUCGAUUGCGGAAGACCGUCUUGGGCCCUACAAGAUUCCUGCCGGCUCCGUCAUCUACAUCCAGGCCAAUGCCAUCAAUCGUCUACCGAUGUACUGGGGUCCCACAGCGGAUGAGUUCGAUCCUGACCGAUGGGACAACCUACCCAAGACAUUCACCCCUAAUGCUUUCAUGACCUUCCUCCAAGGCCCGCGUGGUUGUAUCGGACGUAAAUUUGCCGAAACAGAGAUGAAGGUUCUCCUCUGCUGCUUGCUCAGCAUGUACGAGUUCAAGCGUGACUUCAACACCCCCGACCCUGAGGAUUGGAAGAUGUGGCGACUGGUCCUACGGCCAAAGGAUGGUGUCACUGUCAAGGUCACCGCUAUCUAAAUCAACCACUCCUUCCUCUCAUACCUCCACCACUACCUCCUUAUUAAUUCGUAAUUCUAUUACCUACAUAUUUCAUGUACUUAAACAUAUCUACCUAGGCAGUGACAAAAGGAGGGAAAGCGUAUUGACUUUUACCUGACUUUGUUUUUACCUCCCUUGUUGUAACUCAUGACUUUGCUUGCGUAGGACCUACCCUACCUACCCAUCCACCUCUCUCUAUCCAGGCGAUUACUUUUCGACCUGCAUCAAAUUGCAUGUAAAUAAUGGUGUUUACCCUUUUUUCAUUGUCAUUGCGUAUUGCGGAUGGGCAGUGUUCCGGUUCGGGUUCGGAUUCUAGCGAGCUUUAACUGGCUGUAGCUACUGGGCUUAGUAUGGCGUAAUUUACAAAGAGAGACUUUAAAAUAACGGUUUUCUAUACUGUUCAGAUAUGAUUCGUUCGCUUAUGUACCUAUUUUCUGUCAUAAAUCAACUAUAC